UUAGCCGGCUCGUGAAAAGGAGGCUGGAACAAAACAGCUAGUACUGCGUCACUACUCCAGGAGCCUUUAAAUAUGACAGCGUAGCGGACCAAAAAAAAGACAAGAGUUGCGGACCUCAGGAGCAGCAUGUCUUGCUUUCUUUGUAGCUUUGUUUAAUUGUCUCUAGCCACAGUUUUUGGCAGACAGUUUUGGAAUAAAGACGUGUUCCUCCAUUCUGCCACAACAGCAGCGAGAAAAGCAUCAGAUUACCAAUCAGGAAAAAGAGCACGACUGAGACACCUCAUUCAUCUCAUGAAAUCCUGCAAAGCUUUUGCUUGAUGGCAAUGGAGUGAAAACUUUGAUUCGUGGAUACCCACGCAAAGGAGGAUGAGUAUGAGCGCCAAGAAAAAAACACGGACUUCCUUCGGGGCCACAGCGCCACCCUUCAUUGACUAUCUGAAAGACAUCUUACGUCGGUAUCCAGAUGGUGGACAAAUUUUGAAGGAGCUAAUUCAAAAUGCAGAUGAUGCUCAAGCCACCAAUGUGACUUUUAUCCAUGAUGAAAGAAGCUACGGAACUAAAAAUCUUUGGACAGACGGUCUGGGACAAUUUCAAGGGCCUGCCCUGUACAGCUACAACAAUGCACCAUUUAAUGAUGAAGACUGGGAAGGAAUUCAGGCUGUUGGGAGGAGCGUCAAGCGCAAUGACCCCACCACAGUCGGGAGGUUUGGCAUUGGUUUCAACUCCGUUUACCACAUAACAGAUGUUCCAAGUAUAUUCAGCUCUGGCUACCUUGGCAUUUUGGAUCCACAAGAAAAAAUAUUUGGAGAAAGGCAAGGCGGUUUCCGUUGGUCGCUGGACGAUGCCGAGCACCAAGAAGCUCUGAUGAGAACUGGCGAUCAGUUCCAACCAUUCCGAGACAUCGUUACUCUCCUCAGCGGACAAGAUUGGUCCAAAGUCAUUGCAGAAGACCAGCACUUUGACGGGACGAUUUUCAGAUUCCCUUUGCGUGCGGAGGCAUCGGACAUCUCCGAUAAUUUGUACAACACGGAUAAGGUCGUCAUGCUUUUUGAUAGCUUCAUCGCUGAUGCAGACUUGAGCCUGCUGUUUUUGAAAAAUGUCACCACGGUGACCUUGAUGCACAUUGACGUCCAUGGCUUUGUGAGCACAAGACUUGAAGUCAAGUCGUCAGCCUUCACCAAAGUCAUUUUGGAAACCCAAGACGAGACGGUCAUCGAGGGUUCCACCAGACUCAAAGUACUGACCAUCAAAUCCGAGCAGUGCAAAGAAACAAAGUGGCUUGUGACGACAUGUACCAUGAAGGAAGGAAAUGUAACAGAGUUGGAUAGCCUUGCAGAAAAGUUGAGCUUUCUCCCACAAGUUGACUUGGCGUUCCCUUGGGGUGAGACGAGGGCCGCCAGUCGGAGCCGUCUGAGCUGCUUUCUCCCGCUACCCAACAACGAAGGCAACAAGACAGGACUGCCGGUCCACAUCAACGCCUGCUUUGGGCUCACAGACAACAGGAGACACAUCAAGUGGCAGGAGGAAGAUCAGCUACACGACGAACACGCCAUAUGGAAUGAAUUGCUGAUGAAGGAGGUGCUGCCACAAGCAUACCGCCUGAUCAUUCAAGACGCCGUCACACUUGCUCAAGAGGCAAUUCUCCCCGUGUCUUCUGUGUAUGAUCUGUGGCCGGAUCUCGAUCAGAUUCAAGACAAGGACAAAUGGUAUGCCAUCGCCGUAGAUGUCCUUCUGCAGUUGUUCCAAGAAAAUGUGGCUGUGCUCUCGCUCGCCAGAGAUGAAAGAGAGUUCAUCGGUCCGUUGGAAGCAGUGCUCACCUGUUCUGGCCCAAUGAGCCCUGACACACUGGCUGCCAUUGGAAGAACGUUGCUUUCCUGUGGAGAGAAUUUUGUAACGCUUCCAUCCAAUGUAGCGAGAGCCAUAAAAAUGGUUCACCCGCAUGCCAACAGCCUAACAUAUGCCACUCCAGCAUUCCUCAGGGAGGUCCUCCAUCGCGUCGACAUGCGGAAUCUAUCCAGAGAUGACAAACUCUGUCUCCUGGAGUAUGUUCUGAGUGAUGGAAAAUUCAGGGAUCUCCAGAAUCUUGCGCUUCUCCCACUCAGUGAUGGUUCUUUUAGAGCUUUCACAAACAAAGAGGAGGACAUUGCCUUGAUUGACAGCAAGGAAUUUCCAAGAACCUUGCUACCAUUUUGUAAACACCUCUUCAUCCCGGAUAAUUUGAGCCCGGACUCCACUGCUCGCUUGAAGCAACUGGCUUAUGAAAAUUUAUUCCAGAUAAAGAACAUUGAUGCAGAUCAGGUGGCACAGUACACCAGAAGGUAUUUGCCCAAGGACUGGAAGGACUUGAACACAGCACUCGUGAGCUGGGACGUCAACAAACAUCUGCAUCCACCUUUGGAUUGGCUCCAAGAAUUCUGGAGGUUUCUCAACAUUCACUUUACAGAGUUAAGCAAUUUCAUUGACAUUCCACUGAUACCCGUGGAUCCGCUCUCUUCCAAUCAGUCUGUAUUACUCGCUAAACUGAAUCCAAAGACAACUCUUGUUUUUCACCAAAGGAGGCAGAUCAGCUUGCCGGAUAAAAUAGCUGAGUUGGUGAAAAAUGUUGGUGGUACAGUGGUGAGGGGAAAUGAAUGGCUCAAGCAUGAUGACCUUGAUUCUUUUGUGCUGUGUCCAUCUCCAAGAAGUGUUAUGACUAUCUUGAUGAAUGUCGAGUAUCCGCAUCUCAUCAAAGAACUCCAGACCACAUGUCCCGGCACUCGAGAAGAAUUGAAGGGAUAUCUCUCUGGUCUGGAUUCGCUCUCAAAUUACGAGAAGGAUCUCCUCUCUAAGGUGCCUCUGUUUGAAAAUACUAAAGGUGUGCCUCUCCCAGCGCACUCCAAAAAAGCCGUGCUUUUAGGUUGCCACCCAAACCUACCCAAGGAUCUACCGAUGCCUGAAUCAAUACUCCAAUGUAAAACUGAAACUGAUCGCAGACUCUUGCAUUUGCUCAACGUUAAUCUUUUGGACACAGCUCAAGCAGCUCUUCUUCUGAUUGAUAACAUUAAAGUCAAAGCAUGCAGCAAAAAGGACACUAAAAAGAUCAUGACUUGGAUUUUACAACACGGCAGUAUCCUUUUCUCCCAAAAUGAGAACUUAAAACACAGCUGUAAAGAAUUGAGCUUCAUGGAAGUCAACGGAGUGCUAAAAAAGGCCUCACACUUCCUUCAUCCAGGACUUCAAAAUUCCCAAAUGAUUUUCGACAGAGAUUUCUUCCCCCCUUCUCCAUACGUGCAAACAGCCCAGAUGCUCGAGACCCUAACGCAUCUUGGUAUGAUAAACAGAGAAGCGGAUGUGCCCCCUGAGCACUUACUGCACGCUGCUGAGCUGAUCAGCAAGCAGCAAGCUAACCCGCAGACUUUCAGCAGAGCUCAGGCGCUCUUAACCAUGCUCGAUGCUCACAGUCUCCUGGAUAGGUUUUCUGAUGAGCAGCUUAACGGCCUUAAAAUGCUGAAAUGGAUUCCAUGUGCUGAUCCUAGUAACAGCACAGGCAGGAUUUCACUCUUCUGCCCUCACGAAAUAAGGCACUCUCAGUUUGAGGAUAUUGUUGGUCGUGUCAUGCCUCUUAUUGGAAGCCUGAGUGACAGAGGCAGCCACAAACUUGGUCUCAAAUGCCUGCCCCCACCAGAGAAAGUGAGAAACAAUUUGUUUGUCUUGAUUGGAGAUACAGACAAAAUGGAUGAUCCCGACACAAAUGGAGAUUUCAAAAGGAGGUUGCACAGUAUUUACCAACACAUGCAAGAUCACAUUUCUGACUUUGCAGCUUUAAUUGAUCAAAACAAGUCUUGGCUGUGGUGCGGUGACCAGUUUGUUUCCCCACAGGAUUUGGUUAUAGACUACCCAGACAAUCUAGAUUUGAGCUCGUGGGUGAGGAAAUUACCUAAGGAGUUCCUACCAUACAAGAUGCUCCUGAAGAAAUUUGGUCUGAGAUCAUUGCUUUCACAGCGCGACAUUGUUGACAUUCUCCAUUCCAUCAUGAACAGCAUUGAAUUGAGAGAGAUGCCAACUGCAAGGCCCUCUGAGAUUAAAGUCUCUAUAGAAAUUAUCAAAUGGAUAUGGAAGGAAAAGAUGGUGAUUCAGGAGGACAUCCCAGUGCCAGUCAUCACACAAGAGGGUCAGUGUACCCUUAAACCACUCUCGACGGCUGCUUUCUGUGAUUUGAGCAAAAAAAGUUUGGAGGGGAUUCAAUACAGCAAAGAUCAAGUGCAUGUCCUACACGAGGAGAUUCCAAAAGCUGCUGCUGAAUGGUUCAACAUGCGGUUCCUUAGUACGCACAUCCUCGAUCCCGAGCUUAUCGGGAUUGAGCAGUGUGGACAAUCUGAGCCCAUCACAAUGAGGAUCAAAAACAUUCUCAAAGAGUAUGAUGAAGAAGGCGAUCUCUUCAAAGAGCUCAUUCAAAAUGCAGAAGAUGCUGGAGCAGACUCUUGCAAAUUCUUGGUGGAUUUCAGAGUACACAAGAGUCCCCCUGAACACCUCAUAGAUCCCGGCAUGGCCCGUUGUCAGGGCCCUUGCCUUUGGUCAUUCAAUAAUGAGACAUUCACAGAUGAGGAUUGGGAAAAUAUUGUGAGAGUGGGCUCUGCUUCAAAAGAACACAAGGUGGGAAAGAUUGGCAAGUUUGGACUUGGAUUCAACACUGUGUAUCAUGUGACAGAUAUUCCUUCAGUCCUAAGUGGAAACAAACUCCUUAUACUUGAUCCAAAUGUGACUCACCUGAAAAAGAUAAUCAGAAACAAAUCAAAUCCUGGAAUCAAGCUGGACCUCUCUCAAAAACAACAGUUCCAUUGUUUCCCUGGUCAGUUUGGACCAUAUGAAAACAUUUUUGACUGUACUUUCAGCGCAUAUGGUCCUCCACAGCCUUAUGAAGGUACCCUCAUCAAACUUCCUUUCCGAACCAAGGAAGAGGCACGCGAGUCCGAGAUAAGCACCAAAGUCUAUGACGAGCACAGUAUUGUCUCUUUUCAGCAAGAGUUCACAAACUAUUCUCAAACACAUAUCCUGUUCCUGAAGCACAUUAACACGUUGUCUUUGCAAAACAUCUCAAACCAUGCAGCGACUCCUCCAAGAGAUGAGGAAAUACAAACCGUCCUCACUGUCACCAAAACUACUCUGAGUGCAAUACAAAUUCCCGACAAGAGUCGUAGGUCAGUGCAGAUUAAAGCUGAAAAUGUAUUGCUGAAACGUGGUGAGGAUUGCAAAAACGUUAUCGACUGCUGUACCGUCUACAUUGUCCAACUAAGCAGUGAAAAAUCUGGUAGAAAGCAAAGUCAGGCUUGGCUGGUGCACAACUGCUUUGGGACAAAGGAGUCUUUAAAAAUGGCCCUCCAACAGGACAACCAAGUCAAGUUCUCCUUGCCGAUCGGGGGAAUCGCCGUGCCUUUGCAAAAAGAUCCAGGAAGCGGAACGUUUUCCGCACCGGAAACCAAACUAAAUGGUCAGGCAUUUUGCUUCCUCCCACUUGCCAUUCACACAGGACUUCCAGUCAAUGUGAAUGGAACAUUUGCGGUAACAAGUAAUCGGAAAGGUCUCUGGGAAAGUGGGGUGAAGUAUGGCUGGAACAAAGCUCUUCUUCAGGAUCCCACCGUGACCGCAUAUGUUACAGCACUUUUGGUAUUAAAGGACAUGUCGAAAAACGGCCAACUGAAAAGGUACUCUUAUCACACCUUCUGGCCUGAUAGGGAAAAAGUCAACAACGCAUUCAAACCUUUGGUUGAUGGCUUUUACGCCACCAUCACCCAGAAGCAAAUGGCUCCAGAGGUCUUCUGUGAUGGCAAAAAAUGGUGUUCGGUGAACGGUGCCAUAUUUCUACACGAAAGUAUCGAAGAAGAUAAAAAGAUCCACACACUUGUAAUGCGGGUCUGUCAGAAACAUAUCAAAGAACCAAACUGUGUCGUUUCUCUUCCACUCUGGUUGAGAAAUAGCUUUAACCAGAGUGGCCUUCAGAACGUUUUGCAGGAGAAAACAUGGAAGUGGGAGAGGUUUUAUCAAGAUGUGGUAUUUGAGAACCUUGCCACCCUGGACACUGAGAGUAGAGAUACUCUUUUGUUACAUGCCAUUGACCUUAACUCAAAGGAAAUUGACCAUCUAUUGAUCAAGUAUCCGUGCAUCCCCACAAUGGAUGGACGCCUCCAGCAUAUCAAGAAACUUGUGAAUCCAUCAGGCAAACUGUCUUGUCUUUUUGAAAACGAACAGGGGAGAUUGCUUGGAGGCACAGAGACUGAUUUCCGCUCCCCAAGGAGGCUUCAACGUCUGCUGGAGCUUGGAAUGGCAAACGACCACCUUCCACUGGAGGCUAUUGUUGAGAAAGCAGAAACAAUCCAAACAUUUUGGAAGGCUGACCAAAAAAAAGCAUACGGUUGUUUGAAGUGCCUUCUUGAACUCAUCAAGGAUCACAUGAAUGACAAAGACUCUCGCCACUGGCAAACUUUAAGAACGAUCCCAUUUCUCCCAGCAUUUCAUCACUGUGGUCCAAAUUCAGUCCUAAAAAGGCCAGUUGAUAUUUUCAAUGAAAAAUGCUCACUGCUCGUUAACAAAACACAACCCGUGCUGGAUCAUUCUGGCCUGAACAUACAUGUUACCGAUCCUAUCCUACAAAUACUAGGGAUCCGCGACACCCCAGUACCUGAAAUGGUGCUCCAGCAGCUACAGGAAACACAGAAGCAAUCACAAACCACGGACAAAUCCAAGCUUCACGCGAUUGUCAAUGAAUGCUACAAAUUUCUGGAUAGAUACCUCUAUGAAUCAAAGACAUCAACAUUCAUUUCUGAGAGGGCUAAUUCAUUUCCAUUCAUUUUUGAUGGCAAUACUUUUGUCAACGUGAACCGUGUGGCUGUCAAAGGGCAAUUUGAUGCAAAGCCCUAUCUCCACGCACUUACUCCUGCCUUUGCCAGUUUCCGCAAUCUCUGGCAGAGUGUUGGUGUUGCAGAUACGUUCACUCUCCAUCAAUUUCUUACUGUGCUUCAGGAAGUUCAUUCGAAACAUGGAGACAAACCCUUGCCAAAGAAUGAUCUCAAGAUUUGUCUUACAAUUUUACAACAAGGCAUUUACGAUGCCAACGAGAAGACCACAAGCGAUUGUCUCAUACCCAAUGAAAAUGGGGUUUUGGUACCUGCCGGCCAGCUCUUUUUUAAUGACAGCCCAUGGAUGCCAGUUACCACGGAUAUUACGCUCUGCCACAAACAUAUCCCACGUGGAAUGGCACUCCAUUUUGGAAUCAAAACUACCAGACAUCACACUCUGGAGAACAAGGCAGUAUCCCUCAAUAACUCUCAAUAUCCCUCAAAACAUUCUUUUCCAUUUGCGCAGAAAGAGGAACUCACAGUUCGAAUUAAAAACAUCAUUUCGGCCUAUCCAGCAAAGAAAGAUAUCCUCAAAGAGCUCAUCCAAAAUGCCGAUGAUGCAGAGGCUACGGAAAUUCAUUUUGUUUUGGACAGACGACAGCAUGGCACUGAAAAAACCUUUGGAGAGAAAUGGAACGAGCUACAGGGCCCAGCGCUGUGCGUCUUCAACAACAGCGUGUUUUCAGAUGCAGACCUGGCUGGCAUUCAGCAGCUGGGAACUGGAGGAAAGCGCCAUCAUCCAGGGAAAAUUGGAAAAUAUGGACUUGGAUUCAAUUCUGUCUAUCAUCUAACUGAUUGCCCGUCAAUCCUCACUGGAGAUCACUUCCUAGGCAUUUUAGAUCCCAAUGAAUUUUACAUCGAAAGCCAAAAUGAGCAUAUGCGUCAGGGCAUUGGCUAUGAAGUUGAUGACAAGCUCAAGGAGAUGUUCAAAGAUGUUUACAAUUCCUAUCUUCCAGACAAAUUUUCUCUAAAAGGCGGAACCAUGAUUCGGUUGCCUCUAAGGACUCCUUCCAUGGCAGAGGUCUCGAAAAUAUCACAACGGGAAGUGACUGAGGAGGACUUGAGAGAGCUGCGUACUGCCCUAUUCGCAGACCCUGAAGGGCUCAUUCUGUUUCUGAAAAAUAUCCGCAAAGUCGAGCUCCAUGAAAUCAACGAUCAUUCAAAGAAAUUCCGAACAAUCUAUGCAGUUGAAAAGAAUACACCGCAAAGAGAACAAGAGGCUGGCGUGAGGUCCCUUCAAAAUGCUGGAGUUUCAGUCCCAUGUAAGGAAAUUUAUGAAACAAUGAUUUCAACCUCAAACAAAAGACAAAGUAAAUGGGUAAUUGCUGAGCAAAUUAGCACAUUGCAGUCCUCUGAUGGAGAAGGAAAAUAUGCACGAGCAACAGUCGCGGCACGUAUGAGCCCAAGAGGACUGCACAAUGAUUUCAUAGGAAGAGCCUUUUGUUUACUUCCUCUGCCAGGCACCACUGGUCUACCGGUGCACAUCAACGGAGACUUUGAGGUCGAUUCUGCCAGGAAAAACCUUUGGAAAGAAGAUGCAGUGAGUCUGAAAACAAAUUGGAAUGAAUCCUUGAAAAACAACGUCAUUGCGCCACUGUAUGCAGAUCUCCUUCAUUACAUCAGCCAAACCAUUUUAGUGAAGACAGAUAGUCCUGACAAAAUGAAGGCACGUUUUUCAGAAUCAUACCUGUGUUUCUGGCCGACAGUGUCUGAAGAUGUUAGUCAGGAAUGGCAUGAAAUGAUACAUGAGGUGUACAGAUCAAUUAGCAAACGAGGCCUUGAUGUCAUUCCAGUGUUGCAGUGCACAAAACAAGUAACUGUCCAUCCACCCAACCAUCAUCUCCCGCUUAUCCAGGGUCGGGUCGCGGGGGCACCAGCUUUAGGAGGGACUCCCAGACUUCCCUCUCUCACUAAGCCAUUCACUCUUAUCACUGAAUAUUCUAUCAAGUGGAAGCAUGUAAGAGAAACCACACCAACGACUGUACCCUACUUGGAAUCCUCCACUAAGGAGGUAAAUGAAAUUUUGAGGGACCUUGGCAUGGCUUUGGUUCCCCUCUUCAGUGAAACGAAGAGGAUAUGGGAAGGUUUCAGAAGUGCUGGCAUUCCCGUCCAAGAUGUAAACCCUUCAAAUGUGCGGACCUUCUUGAGAGCAAAGUCUGUUCAUAAUCCAAAGCAAACAAGCAAGGAGUUACCACUGCCUGUGAAAGACACGCUGAUCCUUAAUCCGGAAAGAUGCACAGAGCUCCUUCGUUUCUGCCUAAGUGAUAUCCGCCAUGAAACGAUCGCCGAAGAGAAUCUUGCUCUUCUCAACGGGCUUCCUCUUCUCCUCACAGCAGAUGAGAUUUUGAGGGUGUUUGACAACACAUCACCAAAGAUGAUCUCCCCGUACACCAGUCUGUUCUCUGGCUACGAGCACAAUUUUGUACAUUAUAAGACAAACCGUGAGUUUCUGGAGGUGCUAAAAGCCCUGAGCCUUGCCAGCAAGUUGACGGUUCCUGGUGCUUUCCCAUGGUUGAAGGACUUGAUUGAACAGAAUCUCGACAAGUGUGAGCUUGACCCACAACGAGGUCUUUAUGUUCCAGGGAAGGAAAGGUUGGCCUGGCUGAAAUUGCUGUGGAAGUUCCUAUUAAGCAACAUGGAAACUCAAAGUUCAAGCGACAAUCAACAUUGCUCAUUACAAACUGUGAAGGACCUCUUGGGUGACUUCUGCAUUUUAGUUGUUGUGUGCCCAAGAUCAAACAAGCGCCUCCUUCUAAGAAUGAAAGACAUGCCCAGUGUCAUUUUAUUCAGAUUGAAGAAUUACACAAUGGAAAUCCUGUUCAAACUCGGUUUCAUGAAGCUUGACUUUUCCUUUUUUAUCGAUGUUGACCGUACCAAAUCUUCACUUCUGCCACCCGAACUAAUGAAUGUGGAUGACAAAAGUUCUGUACUGAGCCAAGUCGCGAGUAUAAGCCACUCAGAAUUUGACCAGCUUUCUUCGGAUGACAUGAGAGAACUUCAAACUUUCCUGCAGGCCGGUCAGACCAUAAAUUGUCCGGAGUAUCAGAACAAGCUCCGGUCGCUGCCACUAUUUGAAACAAUACACGGCAAUCGAGUGAGGAUCGAUGGCAAAAAAGUGGUUUACAUUCUCGACAUGAGACCACAGUCACUGACUCGAUUCCCUGACUUGUUGAAAUCUGCCAAGAUAAUUUUUCUCAAAAACAAUCCUGAGAACAUCAGUCUGUCUCGAAGUUUGAAGAUUGAGAUCUUGAAUGAGCUGCAAUAUUUCAUGAGGGUCAUUCUGCCUGCCGUGCAUAGUCUCUCGGAGCAUCAAAAGCUUCAGUGCCUCAAACUGUUACUCUCACUGGGAAAUCUUGAUCACGGUCAGCACAAGUCCACCAUAAUUUCCCAACUGAAGGUGGUACCAAUGAUUGUCAACGCUGAGGGCCAAAUGUUACCAGUCUCUUACUUCUUUGAUGACAGAGUUGCCUUGUAUCAGGCAAUGUUACCUCAAAAAAGAUUUGUGCCUGAGAGUACUUUGGCUGAGUUGUGCCAAGGAAACGAAUCCCAUAAUGAAGCAGUACGGCAGCUACUCAAGGAUCUUGGAAUGAAGCACGUUGUGUCCAAAGCCGAGAUCGUACAAUUUGCAGGGUGCAUAGAGUCGAUAGCUGAGACAGAGGGUUACUCUCAGGAGCUGCGAGAGAAAUCCAUCCUAGUUCUCGAAGAGGCUUUGAGGCUCGCAAGAGUUGAGAAAACAUUGCUGGCCAGCAUAACCAACAUCAAGUUCAUUUUUCCUGUCAAAGUAAAAACAGAACUGUGUGAUUAUCAUUUGCCAUUUGCCCCAGAGACCACCGCUGUUCAAAUCAACGGCUCUUUAGUUGAUCGGUAUGACAAAGAACAAGAACUGAUUUGGUCUUCGAUGCCAAUCAUACAGCUACCAAUAAUUUUGUCAACGUCAGACCUGGAAAAUAUCACAAAAGCAGGAGCUCAUGGACAACCGCCUGCAAAUUGUGUAACCAGAAACUUGUUAAACAUCUGCCAGUCACCUUGUGAAACAGACGCUCAGAUCAAAACCCGUGCAACUGUCUUUCGAUGUUGCUAUGGCUACUUGCAAAACAUCAACUUUGACAGCCGAUCACUGAAUGGUGUCCCGCUCGUGUUGGUCGAAAACGAUACAAAAGUGGUGAGACCGGAAAAUGUUGCCCUUUCCCUCCCCUAUGAACCUGACUUUAGGCCAUAUUUGUACAAAAUUCCUACAAAUGACUUUGGGUUUUGGCCAUUCUUCAAGAAGGUUGGUGCGAAGGAGGAACCAACAAUAGUGCAGUACUGUAAUGUUCUGGCAGCAGUCAACGCUGAUUCCAGUGCGAAAAGCCGUUUGAACCAUAACCAAAAACGAUCGGCUGAACGAGCUGUGGAGCAGUUGUUUCGGAUACUUCUAAAGAAGCCCAACCAAUCGAUGGACACUGUAAAGACGUUGUACCUGCCAGCUCUAAAUGGAAAACUCUACCCAUCACAUGCAUUGUACUUCAACAACACGGCGAUUGACCCCCAACGGUUGGAAGCAUCACUGGAGGAAGACUUCCUUUUGCUUGACAAUCUCAGUACAUGUCAUUUGGGCACCGACAUCUACGAGCAUUGUCGACUGCUGCAAUUGCUGCCCCAAAGGCUCCAACCUAAAAAGUUGUCAGAGGUCACAGAAGAAAAAGCGGUGGAAUCGCACAUGCAACUUUGUGAGCUUAAUCAGGCCUGCGAGUUUCGUGGCUGGUUUGACAAACACCUGACGUCGAGUGCAUUCACACACGGACUGAUAUGUCUUAUGAGAGAGAAGUCAAAAGGAAAAACAACCCAAGAGGAGGCUGAGGACAUUUGUAAGAAUAUAUUCGGCAGCAUUCAGAUUGUGUGUUGCACGAACCUGAUGAAGGAGCUGUGGCUGAAAGACCGAGCUCUGAAGAACACGGAAUGCGAGACCGAGAUUUUUGCCCAAAAAGUUCAAAGAGGUUACAUCUUUUACAUCAAACACAAUGACGUCAUGCUCCCAAAAACCUUAAAUGAAGUGAAUAUGACUUUGACGUCGGUAAUCAACUCUUUGUUAGGAAACAGAAUUUCAUCAGAGCACCUCCUGGUCCUCGGCCAGCUCCUCCUGUGCGACAACCUGCAAGAUGUUCGUAAAACUCUGGCCAAGAAUGGGAUCCCCGACAGUGUUGAUGCCAAAAGUUUUCUCGCCAGCCAGCAGGCCCCGAAAGGAGAGAUUUCAGAAGAGUGGCACGAUUCCUUAGACAUGAACGUCUUGAACAACUUUGAAGAAGGAGAGUGUGUCGCUUACCACGUUAACAACAAGUACAUUUAUGCAGUCAUUGUGGAAGUACUACCUCCACAAUCCGGACCUUACUCGCAGAGGUACAAGAUAAGAUGUCUUGAUGGCACAAUUUCAGGCAUGGCUGAAAAAGUCUCACACUACAACGCCGUGCUAAGCGACCUGCCCCACAACGUGGCCCAGUUGCGGACUUUUGGUGUGGAUGCUAAAAGGACACAAUAUCCCAACCGCCAUCCUUUCCCUCGCAUUCCAAAUGAAAGCUUCCGUUCGGCCAAUGUGAUUGCGGCACUGAACACAGCAACUGAGCUUUUGGCUGCUGUGGAAUCGUAUGUGAACUAAAACUCCACAAUGAACAUGCAUCAUAUAUUCUACACCUUCCUUUGUUUACGCUUUCCAAUUCAGUGGACCAAUUCCAUUUACUAGUGUUAACUCACUCAGAAUUAGACAACUGUUUUGUAUGACUGCAGUCAUGAUAUAUGUCUUUGUCACAUUGCCAUUUUCUGUCACAUUUAUAUGUUAUUGAGUUAAACGGAUUUUUAGCUAGAUGAUUGUAAUUCUUGUAAAAAAAAAAAAAAAAAAUUACCUAGCCUUCUUUAAUAAAUGGACCAUCUGACAAAUGUGUUUUGGAGUCUAAUGUUCAAUAUUUGCAAAACCCAAAUCCACCACACUUGUUCAUGUGGCAAAAUGUUACAGUAAAAUGAGACAUACAACAUCAUAAAUGUAAUUAAUACUGCCU